AUGAAAUUCCCGGAGAGACAACCGAUUGGAACAUCGGCUCAGUCCGACAAGGACUACAAAGAGCCACCUCCUGCUCCACUGUUCGAGCCUGGUGAGCUGAGCUCAUGGUCGUUCUGGAGAGCUGGAAUCGCUGAGUUCAUAGCGACUUUCCUCUUCCUCUACAUCACUGUGUUGACUGUGAUGGGAGUGAAGAGAGCACCAAACAUGUGUGCGUCUGUUGGAAUCCAAGGCAUCGCUUGGGCUUUUGGUGGAAUGAUCUUUGCUCUUGUCUACUGCACUGCUGGAAUCUCAGGUGGACACAUCAACCCUGCGGUUACAUUCGGCCUGUUCUUGGCUCGGAAGUUGUCUCUGACCAGAGCAGUUUUCUACAUGAUAAUGCAAUGCCUUGGAGCCAUCUGUGGUGCUGGAGUCGUCAAGGGUUUCCAGCCAACGCCUUACCAGACUCUCGGUGGUGGUGCUAACACCGUCGCUCAUGGCUACACCAAGGGCUCUGGCCUCGGUGCUGAAAUCAUCGGUACCUUUGUUCUUGUCUACACGGUCUUCUCCGCCACUGACGCCAAGAGAAGCGCCCGUGACUCACACGUCCCGAUUUUGGCACCACUCCCAAUCGGAUUUGCAGUGUUCUUGGUACACUUGGCGACUAUUCCGAUCACCGGAACUGGAAUCAACCCAGCUAGAAGUCUUGGAGCUGCUAUUAUCUACAACAAGGGCCACGCUUGGGACGACCACUGGAUUUUCUGGGUUGGGCCAUUCAUUGGAGCAGCUCUAGCAGCACUUUAUCACCAGAUUGUCAUCAGAGCGAUUCCUUUCAAGAGCAAGAGCUGA